UUGUGGGCUGUUUGACGGGAGGAGGUGCCGCCGGGGCCAGAAGGAGAAGAAGAGCGAGCACGAGCAAGAGCACGAGCACGACGAGCGCAGGCGAGCACCAAGAUUGCUCCGCGGGCCGAAUCACAGCGGAGCGCAACUCCUGCUGCUGGAGAGGACGAUGGCUCGGAACGCCUCGCACGCCGGCACUUGGUACACGGAGAACGCACGGGAGUUAGGGGACGAGCUGGACAGAUGGCUCCGGGCUGCUGGUUCAGCGAAGCGCUCGAAUGCAAGAGCUGUGAUUGCGCCACAUGCAGGCUAUCGGUAUUCAGGACGGUGUGCCGCAUACGCUUUCGCAAAUAUUGACCCACAAACCAUAUCACGGGUUUUCCUCCUUGGACCAUCUCAUCAUCACUUCACCCGCAAGUGCGCGCUGUCCACAACUUCUGUAUACAAAACCCCGCUCGGAGAUCUACCUAUUGAUCUUGAAGUAUAUCAGGAACUUAAGGCUACAGGAAGGUUUGAAGACAUGGAAAUCAGUGUGGAUGAAGCAGAACACAGUAUGGAGAUGCACUUGCCUUACAUAGCGAAGGUUUUCCAGGGGUGCUCGGUGAAGGUUGUCCCAAUUUUGGUCGGGGCUCUGCAGCCAGAUAGUGAGGCAGCUUAUGGACGUUUGCUUGCAAAGUACAUAGAUGAUCCUUCUAAUUUCUUCUCUGUUUCGUCAGACUUUUGUCACUGGGGCUCACGGUUUAACUAUACUUAUUACGAGAAAAAGCAUGGUCCUAUCUACAAGUCAAUCGAAGCUCUUGAUCAAAACGGCAUGAGUAUCAUAGAAACUGGCGAUCCAAGGGCUUUCAGGGACUACAUGCAAGAAUAUGACAACACAAUCUGCGGUCAACACCCGAUUGGAGUUUUUCUCAAUAUGCUGGAGCAUUGCAACACUAGGUUGCAGAUCAAGUUUUUGCAGUACGAACAAUCUAGCCACUGCAAAAGCAUGAGAGACAGCAGUGUGAGCUACGCGUCAGCAGUGGCGACAGUUGCAGCCAGUUAGCCAUUCGACAGCGUUGUUGCAAGAGAUGCAACAAUGUUGUCAAACUUCAACCAUAUGCCAUCCCAAGUCCCUUGCAUUGAAACCUUCUGAUCCUGUUAGGAGACACCUUUUGUAAAUAAAAUGAACCUGUAACUUAAGUGCAAGGCACGGGGUACAUUUCCCCUAGUAAAUUUGUUGUGAGUAAGGAGCUUUCAACAGCUAUUCUCUAUUCGUACAUAAAUCGAGUCUUCUCGCUGACGUCAUAAAGUUCACAUGGUUUGCACGAAUUCCAUGGGAGCAGCAAAUGGCCAAUCAUUUACUGCCCGCCAUGAAGGUCUAGAAUGUAA